GCUCCAGGCCGCGAGCGACGAGCCUUUCAUCGGCAGCACCAUGGUAGAGAAGGUCGCACCACCGUCCACCAAAGUGAUCGGGAACGAGGCGAAGGAAAAAUUCCUGGCGUGGGCAGAUUCUGAGCAGGGCUUCCAAGUCUCGCCAGAUGUGGACCUGUUUCACGCCUUCUCAGAGGGCUAUCGAGGGGUAGUGGCAACCAAGGACAUCCCGCGCGACGCCGUGCUGGUACGCAUUGCCCGCACCUGUUGCCUUGGACCGGAGACCACGGACGAAUCUAAAGAAUCUUGGACGAAGGCGAUGUCGACCUCUGCGGUGGAUGCCACAAAAACUAUACAAGGGAAUUCUUCGAAGCCUCCUGCGCCGCGUUUGACCCGCGCUUGCUUGACGGUGCUCCGGCUGCUGCACGAGCGAGGGCUGGGGGAAUCUUCGCCAUUCCACUCCUACCUGAGUGUUCUGCCGCAAGACCACCGCUUACCGCUCGAGUGGACCGGGGCAGAGGUUGGUUUGCUACAGGGCACAUCGGCGGAGCCACUGGUGGGGGCGGGAAGCCUUGACAGUCAAUUCGAGGCGUUCCAACGAGUGGUCGCACAACAUCCAACUGUGUGGGCGCCCAGCGUGUGCACCAAGGCCGCUUUCGCCAAAGGGGUGAAUUGGGUGCGCUCCAGGGGUUUCACAGUAAUGGGUGAUCCUCACAUGAUACCCGGGGCCGACAUGUUCAACCAUGAUCCUAACAAGCAAUCUGUGCAGAUCGGCACAGAUGGGGAGGAGCAUUUCGUCAUGAAAACUGUGCAGCCGGUAAAGGCUGGAGAUGAGGUGUUCAGCAGCUUUGGCCACAUUUCGAAUGCCCAGCUCCUCAACUCGUAUGGGUUCGUUCUACCCGGAAACCCUUUUGAUACCGUGCUCAUCCCGACCCAGCUUGUCGUGGAUACGUGCUACGCCACCUUCGUGACGCUUGAGGCUGAUAAGCUCGGCGAGGCAGAGACCAAAAAGACGUGGGAGCAGCGACUGGCGAUGUUUGCCAGCAACAGGGACACUGAUGAGGGGGAGCAAGAGGCCUUCGUGGUUUCGAAGUACGACCUGCUGCCUGAGAGUCUGGCGGAUAUGGUCCAGAUCCUCACCAUGAGCAAUGACGAAGAAGUCGUCUACGCGACUAUUGCCGCAGUCAGCCAGGCGAAAAUGGGACAGUACAGCCCUCUGUUACAGGACGCAAAAUGCAACCCCGGCGAAGGGGCUCUUGGAGCGGACGCAAGAACGCUUGCGAGGAUGCUUGUAAACGAGGAAAAAAAGGUCCUCCAAGAUCUGAGACUUCAGCUCAUGAGCGUGAUUUUGGACGACAACGAGAAUGAGGACAAGGACGAGGACGGAGGAAACAACGACAAUAGUGGAAGAGGUGGUAUUGCAAGUGGAACCAUCCCGGACGCAAGCGAAGAAAAGGACACAAAGAAGAGGCGCAAGGGGUGAUGUUGAACGCCAAACUCGAUGAUCUGUAUAUCACCGUCCCCUUUCGGGUGCCUAUGGUGCCCAUAGAUGAAAAGUAGACGUGAGAAGCUUGUAACGUUCGAAGGCUGACACAGCAGGAGAGCAGCGCGAGCUAAUAGUAAACCAAGUCGCGAUGGGAAGCAAGGAGCCUUCCUCGCUCGUGUUACAUAAAAUCAAUUGAGACUGAUCUUCAUUUGUAUUCGGUGCACGUUGUACAAGAGAGAAAAAUAGGGUGCUCCGACCCUCGUACGCCCCCACACGCGUACACCUCUAUAUGUUUUGAACUGCGGACAAAGGCAGCAACCGUUCGCACAAGUGUCUACCAAGCAAUAAGACUGUCAUAUGCAUACCGCUAAAUAUAUGUACGAACAUCUACCGCCCACACGUGAGGAAAACCUGUAACCAAAUACUGGAGUACAAGUCACAGCGAAUCGAGCCAAGGCACUCCAUUAUCGUCUCUAACAUCGCAACAACAACCUCUAUGACACGCAAAAUAGGAGGAAUCAGAAAAAGUCGACAAGAAUUAGAAAAAACACGGGAAAAACAAAAUCCUCGCCCUCUUUACACAGGGAAAAACAGACGCCGUUAUCCACACGGCUUAUUUGUACAGGUGAAAGUGUGUCCCCCCGAGAAUCUUGCACUGAAACAACUCUUCGUCUCUACGAGACCACGCCUGUAACCAACACAAAAUCAAUCGCUUGGCUCGCUCCAUCAACGUAGUUCUAGGUAUCAAAUUAUACACCACACCUGCGGCCAGACGAAAGCAAACGACCACUUGUGGUGGGACGAGGGUAAAUCCCUCUGUAAACAGGAACAAGUCGUUUAUAACCUAACACAGAUCAUUUACUAAAAUAACGCAUUCCAAGAACACACGCGGGGAGAGAAAAAAGAGCCCACUUCGCCAAAAUUCACAUGUCACCUCACGCAAAAGAGAAAAGCAGAAAAGUCAAGUCGCCUUCUCUCGGGAAACCAAUCUACCGCCACAACACACAAACCCUUUCUCCCGAGAACUCGACACCGCGCACGGCGUUUUCGGACAAAUUCGAGUCUUGUAACGAAGGUGAGUACACCGGUAUCCUCUCCCCGCAAAACACGUCUACAACCUUUUUCGUUCCACAUGACCCCCUCCGUAAGCCUGUAACGUCAACCCCCCCUGGGGCAAAAGUUGUCCGCCUCGGCGUGAGCAAAAAAACGCUCCCGUGGUCUCGCAGUCAGCCCUGUAGAAACUGCUGCCGGGGCAACACAUAUCGCUCAAGAACCUGGCGCGACGUCCAAAACUCGGGAGGCAGGACGGCGCCGCUGUCCCGACUCGAUGCCGCCUCUUCCUCGCUGCUCAAAGGCGAAGCGCCGCUUCCGUCUGCCGAUUUCCUCUCGUUCGCAGCGUCCUCUUCAGAAAAGUCCGACCCGCCGCGGCUCUCCGACGUCGUGCUGCCUUGGUCCGACCAACCCCGGGGCUGCGCCUGCUUCUGCUUCGCGCCCUCGGUGCUCGUGUUCCCAUCCUUUCGUCGCUGCUGUUGCUGUUGCGGCGCCACACGGACGCGCUUCACAGACCUCGUCUGCGCGGCCUCCAUGAACGCGCACAGCGCCGAGGCGUCCUCGACCGCCUGCCCGGGGUUCGAUGCCGCCGCCACAGGGUCAGCACCUGCUGACGUUGCGGGUGCCACCGCCGGCCGCUUAGAUGCCUGCUCCGACAAGACCGACAUCGCCAUCGACGCCGCCAAGGGCGGAGACGGGGGCCGCGGCGGGACCUUGGUGGUGGCCGCGCUGCUUGGUCGCCGCCGGCUAUGGGUCGAGAAAAACGAGGAGCAAGAAGACGAGGACGCCGAGGAAGAAGACGACGUCUGGCGACUCUGCCGGAAAGCACCCACAGAAGGCAUUCUGGGCGUGGCCGGGGGCGAGACCGGCGUGGCGAUAGCGGUUGCGCUGCUGCUGCUGCU